GAAUGCGGGAAAUUGCUAGUUGAUGGCGAUGGCCUAAUUCGAGACGUGCGCUGAGCGUUGAAAAGUUUGCCGCUAGCCUAGUUUGGCUAGAGCCCUAACCCACCUGGAGGCGGUACCUGAAUUGCUGCAAGUUAGACAAUAGUGCUUCAGUGCUUCAGUACCACGCUGAAAUUCGAGAACUGAAAAAAGAAGUAACGCAACGUCGCGCAGGGGGGGAAUUAGAUGGACAAUUUGAGUUGCAGUAGUCGGUGAUCUGCUGUGUUCGUGGAAAAUAGGGUCGUGAAGGAGGUGAGCGUACCAGUACGUAGCACAGGCACGGGAGCAAGCCCAGGAGCGCCACUUCAAUCUAGGUGCGACACCAAUGAGCGUGGAGGGUCACGGAGGGUUUGAUUGCUAUCGCUCGUCGCCGUGUCGUUGGAUAUGGCCGGCGCGAUCGUAUAUCGGUAUUGAUGGUGCUGAUGGUGUAGUUGUUGUGUGUGUUUCCUACUCGGAGAGAUGCGGUGUGCCGUGCGAUUAUGUGUUGUGUCGGCGUUGGUGCCGCCUUGUUUGCUUUUGCUUUGCUUCGUGGGUGUGGAAGCCGGAAAGGAGGGAGAGAAUGAGAAUGGGCGUCUCCGGGUCGACCGCGUUUGGAAUGCCACGCCUCGACGCUGAGAAUUCGAGAAAAUCGCGGCGGAUGUCCUCGACGUCACAGGAUCUAAGGGAUCUGCCUUGCCGCGAGUUGGAUCGGGGGCGGAAAACAAGAGGUGAGGGAGUGACGGGAGCUGACAGGAGGGACGGGACGGGACUGGAAAAGAACGACAGAGCCAAUGAGGUAGAGAGUGUAGAGGCGCAGUGGUGGGCGGUGCGUCACACACACAUACACGCCAGGUGGGAAAGCAAGAAUAGAACGAGAAAAGAAUGACUGAAAUCCGGGUAAUGGAGCUUCCACAAGGUAAGGAUCCCCUCCGCUCGCGGGUGAAGGAAGUCUAGCGAAGGAAGAGGAGAGAUGGUUUGG